GCGGCUGUUGGGUUGCCUGGAGCGGCGGAGGCGGAUGCCAGGCAUCCGGAGAAGUGGACCAGGAGGAAGGAAGGAGACCCAGGCAGAGCAAAUCUUUCCUAAGGAUUAGAUAAUGGGGAAAAUGCAGCAAAGUAGCAGUACAAUGGGAAGAAAAUCGCCAUAAUUAGACAUCAUUUCAAGGCCAGAGAUGGCUGGAUCUCGGUUUGUUUCCAACAGAACAUCCAAUGCGUUAUCAUCAAAUUCCGAUUACACUUGGGAGUAUGAAUAUUAUGAAUAUGAGCCAGUUUCCUUUGAAGACCUCAAGGCUCAUAAAUAUUCCAUUGUGAUUGGGUUUUGGGUUGGCCUUGCUGUCUUCGUCAUUUUCAUGUUUUUUGUACUCACCCUCUUAACAAAGACUGGAGCAUCGCACCAGGAGAACACAGACUCUGCUGAGAAAAGGCUUUGCAUGAACAAUUUUGUGGCUGACUUUGGGCGACCGCUGGAUUCUAACAGGAUCUUUUCCCAGCAAGUUGCGGAAGAGUCUAGGUUGCUCUUCAACUGUUACAUCAACGAGCUCGAGAACGUGGGGGCAAAAUCAUGCCCCAAAGUGCCAGUUACAGACAGUAACAUCCACUUCCAGGAAGUCAUGCAUAACAGGGCAAGGCUGGAAGAGGAGCUGCAUUGCCACACCAAAUUCAACAUCCCCAACUUUGUGAACACGGACCAGAGUUCUCUGGGUGAAGAUGACCUGCUGAUUUCUGAACCACCUAUAAUUUUAGAGAACAAGCCAGUUAGUCAUGCAUCCCACUAUAUUCCUGACUGAAGAAAAUAUCUCUAUCUAUCUAUCUAUCUAUCUAUCUAUCUAUCUAUCUAUCUAUCUAUCUAUCUAAUUAUCUACUUACCCAACCUCCUUUAAAUCUGGGAUUUCUUAUUUUAUAUCACACCAGCUGUAGUCUGUAUUAACAGAAUAUAUUUGAUCUCCAGAUCCCCUUGUAUACCUCAAGUAAAAUAUCCUAUCACCACAAAUGAACUACAUGGGAAGAAGGUAGAAGAAGCAAAUCUUCCCUGCUCCCCAUCAGAAAAACCAACAAAAACAAGAAAACUCUUACAACUGCAUAUACACAAACAUUUGUACAUACUCGCCUGAAACUUCACUAAUUUAUUAUUAGUGAAUCCCUUGCUGCUGUCAUUUGUGUCUAUCCAUCAUGUCCUGGAAAAUGAACCAUAAGGAAUCUACAGUGAUAAGAGCAUCCUUUUAAAAAUCCUCCCAAUCGCAAGGUUGCUCUUGCAUAAAGGAUCCCAGAGUGAAUAACCUGACACUUGAGAACUUUGAUUUUCCAGAUAAGGAGCAAUUACGCCUGAAUUUUUCUAGUUUCGUCAAGAAAUCAAUUUCAUUUUUAUAAAAGCAAACCUUAAGUGCGUAUGUGUGGAAGAAAAGCCCUGCAUUUAUUUGUCUGUAAACUGGCAAGUAUAUCAUUUCAUCCAAGCCUCACCAAGAUAAUUUCCCCAGGCAAUGGCAUUUCAGUGAAAUCAAUGAAAAAUCUGAAUUUCUGGAUUUUCAAAUCUUUAUUUGGAUUUGGUGCUCAAGACAUAAUGCAAAUUGGUCUGAAAACAAGUUGGCUUUUUGAAAGGGCCUAAUCAUUCCUAACAUUCAGACCCAUUGUUUUCCUAUGUGAACUAAUCUAUGUCUUUGUCCUACGUAACAGGUUAAACAAGGAGAAAUAAAGGAAUGGUUUAAUAGGUUUCAGUGUGUUGUUUGUUAUCUUGAUCCCAAAACUGUAAUUGAUAGAUAUACAUUAUUUCAUCAUAUUUAGUUUGGUUCAAAAUCUGCUGAGCAAUUUGUUGAUUAAAAGGAAAAUCAACUUU